UUCUCUUGGGAUCCAUCGGUAGCUUCAUUGGUGAAGAAGGAAUGGCAAUCAAAAUGUGCAAGGCGCCUUAGUGGUAUAGUGUCAAAGGUUUGCUCAGAUCCAACAUAUAGUGCUACUUGGUGUGUUCCUAGUUUAAGAGAACGUAUGAAAGAAAUGAGAGAAAAAGAUGAUGAUUUCAUAAGGAGAAGAAACCAAUGUUCUAAAAACAGAUUGAGCAAUGAAAGUCAAAAGGUUCACCAUCGUCAAGGUUCCAUUUCGACUGAGGAAGUGAAGCUCAAACUGGAGAAGAAACUCAAGCGUACACCCACAGCAGCUGAGCUAUAUUACAAUGGUCAUGCUGAUAAUGAUGGUCAAUUUGUAAACACUAAGGCAGAAGAAGUGUGGAAAGAAUUUGAGAAGAAGAAAUCUGCCAACCUCGAAUGUGACAGUGAGACGCAAAAGACCGAGGAUGAAUUGUUUUUUGAGGCUGUGGGCGGGUGGAAUGAAAAGUGUAGAAUAUUUGGUUUGGGUGCAGCUGCUCACUCAUAUUACGAAAGACCCACAUUUGAAGAAAGGCACGAUAAGAAGUCACGAAAAGACUACAUUAAGAGCUUGGAGACUCAAGUUGUUGAACUUGCUGCACAAAAUGAUGAACAAAAGAAAGAACUAGAUGCAACAAAGGAAGGGCUUGUUGAAACCCAAAAGGUGUUGGUUGAAACUCAAAAAAGCUAUCUGAAACCACUGAAACUUUCAUGACUUUCAAACAACAAGUGGAGAUGUUUAUGCAAACUAACUCUCCUCGCCCUUGACACUAUGGUUAGCAUAAGAUUUUUGUAUAGACUUUCAAAGUAUCCAAUGAUUUUGUUUGAUACAUGCUUCUAGUAUAGGCCUUAACAUAGUGAUUUU